AUGAACAGCUCAAGGAAUAAUAAUUCAGCGGACUUAGAGGAUGGUAUCGUAGCUUCUAGGGUAAAUUUGUAUCGGAAUAGACCCAAAAAGAAAAUAAACAAGACAUCGUGCCGUGGCAAGAAGCAUCAAAUAAUUAAGAAAUGUAACACGACGCCAAAGAUAAUAACAAGUAACGUUGAUAGUAAAUCACUAAGAUCGAAGACAGCUCCGGCUAAAGUUAAAAUCCAACCCAAAUCCUCAAUAAAGGUUAAUUCGAAGAUAGACAGCUAUAAUCUAAAUUGCAAUGUAAAUAGUAGCAAUGCUCAGAUUAGUCCACGAACAAGAACUCCUAAUAUUACAGCGAAAUCAACUAUCGACUGUUAUAAUCCUAAUCGAAUAUCGAUUAGCAAGGGAGUUAAGAUCAAUUUUGGCAAGAAGAUUAUUACUGGCGAUGUAAGCGUUCGAGUUGAUUGUCACAAAAUGGACUAUAGGCCACCUAGGACUGACAUUAAAUUGAGCCCUCGAAAGGAAAGAAUGGAUUUAAGUAAGGUGAAAAGCUUAGUAGACUGCCAUAAUAAAGUACCUCAAUCCACCCUUGAAUGUAAAGCAAAGAUUAGUAAAAUACGAACUAAAAUCAACCUGGAAAGUGUAUGUAGCAAGAUUGAUAAUUACAACGAUAAGAGUUUAACGUUAAGCUCAAGAAAAGCUAAAGUUAUCAGUAAUAAAUCAAGACCCAACGAAGUCCAAAGUAGUCGUAUUGACUGUCGAAAUAGCAGUUAUAAUCAUUCAGCUAGCAGUGUUCAAAUCUUGAAUGAACCAUCCGUAAAAGUCGAAGCUCAUUCCCGUCUUCCUAUGGAUUACGCUGUAACUAAAAAUCAUUCUAAAGAUCAUGUAACUAUAUUUCAAAAUUCUGUUGAUUUUAAUCCGGUUACUGCGAAGGUUGAUAGCUGUAACUAUAACUUUAACAAUUCAGCAAACAGUAAAGAGAAAGUGAUUGUUUAUCACCGUUCUAAUGAUAUUGAUAUAGAUGAUAUUGGUCCGGCGAUAGAUUGCCAUAACAGGUCAUUUGCUAAUUCUACUAAAGAAGAUACGAGUACUUUGGUCUAUGAUAGUCCAUUAGAUAUAAGUAAAGCGAAUACAAGUAAAAUUGAUCAUCACAAUAUUACAUAUCAUCCAAAGGAGAGCUAUGCUAAUAUUAAGCAAGACGCAAUUUGCUACCACGUCGAUGCAAUAGUUAGUUCGAUAAAUCAUUCGUAUCGUCACAAUGAAAAUAAUGACAUUAGUGUUGUCAGUAGUACUGCUAACUUUAACGAAAUUAAAAGUAAGAUAGAUCAUGAAAAUAAGAAUUUAAAUCAGGAUAAGAAAGAUUUGGCAAGGAUUAAAUCGAGUUUGAUAUCCUAUAAAGAUAUUCCGGCGAAAGUCAGCAAUAUUAAUCCAAGUUAUAUUUUAUCCUCUUCUAAUGUAAAUAUCUGUAAUUCCAAAGUUGAAUGUGAUCAAGUUGUACCUAAAAUCGAUUGCCAUUUAACACAAUAUCCUACUCGGUGUAAUAUUUCAUCCAUUAUUAGCGAUAAAUUAGAUUAUUCUAAUAUUCCAGGCAAAGUGGAUCACAGUAAUAUCAAGUGUCGAAAAACAAAAACGAGAGCUGAAAUUGUACAAGUGCAAGAGAAUCGACAAUAUUACACUAGACCAGAGAUGAAUAAACGUAGAUAUAACCGUCAUUACGAUAGUGUCAAGUAUACGUCUACAUCAGAUGUUGAUACUUUAACGAAAUAUCAUGAUCCAACGAAUGUUCAAUUUGUAAGCCGAGGCAAAAAAGCUAUUUCUUCAACAUAUCAGGCUAAUAUUUUGACUUGUCCAAAUGAUCAUUAUAGUAAUGUAAAGCCUAAGGUUGAUUGUUUUAAUUUUAUUAGUGAUAAUUAUCAUCGAAAGCAGUACGAUAGUGCGCGUUAUACAACGAUGGUUGAGGUACUUUAA